AAUGGUGCCUGGCCUAGACGACCCAAAUUAUGCUGGUGUUGUGAAUCUGCUUGGUGGUGGUUUGGCAGGAGUCACAGCGGCAUCUGUAACUUACCCUUUGGAUGUUGUUCGAACUCGUUUGGCAACACAGAAAACCACUAGGUAUUACAAGGGCAUAUUUCACACAUUGUCUACAAUUUGUAAAGAAGAGACGGGCAGAGGAUUGUAUAAAGGUCUUGGUGCCACGUUAUUGGGAGUUGGACCUGGUAUAGCAAUCAGCUUUUAUGUAUAUGAAUCCCUGAGGUCUCAUUGGCAAAUGGAAAGGCCGAAUGAUUCCAACGCUGUUGUGAGCUUGUUUUCUGGGAGUUUGUCCGGUAUUGCAGCAUCAACAGCCACAUUUCCUCUUGACCUUGUAAAGCGGCGGAUGCAACUCCACGGUGCUGCUGGGGCAGCGCCAAUUGACAAAUCGAGCAUAGCUGGAACCAUCCGCCAAAUUCUGCAGAAGGAAGGCCCUCGUGGCUUCUACCGAGGCAUUGUCCCGGAGUACCUGAAGGUUGUUCCUAGCGUCGGGAUAGCCUUCAUGACCUACGAGGUACUGAAGAGCCUGCUCUCCAGCAUUGGUGAGGAUGACGAGAACUAAGAUUGCAAACUUGGUUCGAGUUAGCUUACAUUUUUGCCUUGCCGCCUUAGUUUACUGCAAGAAGACUACACAGUGUAUGACAGUGGUUACAGCAUGCCUUUGCCGGGCAGUUUUGUAGGUGUUGGUAGGAUAUAAAGCCUUUACCUGAGAAAGACCAUGUUGUACCAUAGGCUAUAGAGCAAACGGCUGGAGUUGUUUUCCUCUGAGUAUAUUAUGCUCUGAUUCGUCUUUA